AUGGGGAAACGGAAUGUGCUUUGCCUCUUGCUGGUGCCGCUUUUGAUAGUGUUCGACCUCUCUUUUGCUGAAGACGUACGAGCGUACUUUAUGUUGGGCGGGGAUGUUACGUUGAGGCCUAACUUCAAGCGCCUUAUCAACAACGUUUUGUGGAAACUCAACGGAGAUCUGGUGGCUGAAUGGGUGAAGGAUGCCGUCCCUUUGGAGUAUUACGGUCGGUUUCAAAAUCGCACGACCUUGGAUUACACCACCGGAGUUUUGGUGAUGGGCAAGCUGACUAAAGCUGACGAGGGGACGUUCACAGUGGAAAUCAACAGCCAGGUCCACCCUCAGACCUUCCUUAGCGAAGAAAUCCUGGGGGUGCCAGUGCCGAAACUGUGGUGCCAGCCCGCAUCCUGUGGUCCAGAAUUGGAAUCGCACUCGCUUUUCUGCUCGGGAGACAUCGAAAAAGCCGGACCUGUCACCUUCUACUGGAAGGAGGGAGAUGGGGAGUGGAAGGAGGGGACAGACACCAUCGACAUCACCAAGGCUGGGUCAUCACAUGUGAAAAAGUACACCUGUAAGAUGAAGAACCCAGUCAGCGAGAAGGAAAGUGAGCCCAGAGAAAACGUCUUCUUUAAAGAGGGGACAGAUUUGGGUGUGGCGGUGGGUAUUCCCGUUACUAUUAUUGUUGUGAUUGCGGCGAUUGCGGCGAUUGCGGGUAGGCUAUGGUGGAAGAAGAAGCAAGGCCGAGUCGAUGGCAACGAUGUCAAUAGAGCCAAUGGCAUGUCUCUAUCUAAUGAAGCUUCAUCCCCUGAUCCUGAAGUGAAACCUCUCAACAGUUCCUAG